AAGAAAAUGGAGAAGACUGCGAUCGAACCUGUCUUUGCGGUUGAGAAGGAAGCAAGGGUUGUGGAGGAGAAGAAGGAACGGAAGCCUGGUAAAAUUAGAUCACAGGAAUAUCGAAGCAGAAAGAAACGAUAUCUCUCCAAGCUAGAGGAGCUUAAUAAGGAAUUGACAGAAGAAAACUUACUCCUCAAAUCAGAAAAUGCUCAACUUCGAAAGCAAAUAAGUAUUUUACAGCCUUCUUGUAGUUUUUCUGCUGAUGAAAAAUCAAAGGUGGAUAAUAAUGAAAACUUUGCUUACUUUAAGAUACCAAAGAUGAUCAAUAACAAUCCUGAUAGUGUUAGACUAAGUCAAAUCGAGAUGGCUGGUAAUGACGUUAGCGAAUGGAGUCCUGACAGAGUGAGAAUCAUCAAAAAGGCUUUCAAUGAUAUACUCAACUACAUGCUUGCUAAGGAGAACAAGUGCUUUAUUGCAGCUUCUAAGAAUAUGAAAAUGAGCGAUUAUAUCAAAAGAAUCAAGAGAAAAAGAGCAAUUAAGAAAAAGUUUAAGCAGCUCGAAGAUCCAAAUCCUGAGCAAAUGGUGCUUAAUAUGGACCUUUCCAAUAGCAUGAUAGAGUAUAUUGAGACAUAUGGAAGUGGAUUCCUUCAAACUUCAAAGAUAUACAAAACCCUUGCCAAGAAAUUGAUAACCAUACGUAACGAAAUCUUACAAGCAGGGCUCAAAAAGGAGAAAUUUUAUGAAGAAACCAACCUUCUAGAAGCUCGAUCCAAAGUCGAUUUCAAAACUGUCUCAGACCUAAUCCAAAGACUCGAUGGAACCAAGUAUCUCUCCCCUCAUUAUCUCUGGGAUCUCCCUCUAAGAGACCCCACCUCCUUAGACUAUUCCGGAUGUGAACUUUCAGAAUAAUAAUUUGGCUCUAAAAAUUCUUCUUUAGAAA